CUUUUGUCUCUUUUUCUUCUCUCUCUUGGUGGCUGCUUCUUAUAGAAGUAGAACCCUUUUUGGCUACUGUCCCCUUCUCAUUUCGUGUUACUUGAUCGUGGGUUCCCUGAAAUAACCGAUCUUUCUUUCUGGGUUUCUGCAAUUUCCGAUUUUCUGAUCAUGGCGAUCGUUGAGAACACCGGAGCCGGUACAGAUGUUGGUGCGAUCUCCCCAUCGCCGCCGUCUUCAGUCACCAGCCAAGGAUCAGGAGUCUCUGCCAACGACGAUCAGGUUGAAAAUGUAGUCCACGGUGAGAUCGGAUCCCACGCGGUAAGAUCCGACGGUGGAGAGAGCUUCAAGCGCGAGAUGAGAGAGCUCAAUGAGCUUUUAACUAAGCUUAACCCCAUGGCUGAAGAGUUUGUUCCUCCCUCACUGACUAAGCAAGGAGGUAACGGCUUCAACGGUAGUUUCUUCACUGUCGCUGACUCUUUCCUUGGUGCAGCCGGAUAUUUCCCCGUCAACGAAGACGGCGGUUUCCGACGGAAGAAGUCGUUCGGACCACAAGGGAAACGGAGGAUGAAUCCUCGGACAAGUAUGGCUCAGCGUGAAGACGUCAUUAGAAGAACUGUCUAUGUGUCUGAUAUUGACCAACAGGUCACUGAGGAGCAGCUUGCUCGUUUGUUCAUCGGCUUUGGACAGGUUGUUGACUGUCGCAUUUGCGGUGACCCAAACUCAGUACUUAGGUUUGCUUUCAUCGAGUUCACUGAUGAAUUGGGUGCAAGAACUGCGCUGAAUCUGUCGGGGACGAUGCUGGGAUUCUAUCCUGUGAAGGUUACGCCGUCUAAGACUGCUAUUGCACCGGUUAACCCGACAUUCUUGCCAAGGACCGAAGAUGAGCGUGAGAAGUGUGCCAGAACUAUCUACUGCACUAACAUUGACAAGAAUGUCACUCAAACGGACAUAAAACUGUUUUUUGAGGCUGUAUGUGGAGAGGUACACCGUCUGAGGCUUCUUGGAGAUUAUCAUCAUCCUACUAGAAUCGGUUUCGUGGAGUUUUUCAUGGCUGGAAGUGCAAUAGCUGCUCUCAAUUGCAGUGGCAUGCUUCUUGGUUCUUUACCAAUAAGGGUGAGUCCCUCAAAGACACCAGUUCGUUCCCGCUCUGUCCCGCGACAACAAAUGCAUUGACAGUAGCUGCUACAAGUUUUAUACAUAUCUCUGCUCUCAUCGGCAUGUAAAGGUGUUUGUCUGAAUAUCAAACGUCUUUUGUUUCCCCCUAUGUAAUGCUCCUUGGAAGCUUGAUGAUGCGCUUCUGUUGCUUUGGUAUCGUUUGGGGCGUAGGGAGUUUUAAAUUCGGUUUGGGUUUUAACUUUUAGAGAAAAAAAGUCACAUAGAGCAGAAGAGAGAAACACUUGAGAGUGAGAGGCUUUUGAAGAUUGUCUCUGUUUAAUGGGAGUUCUUAGUCAUUUGUACUAUUGCACCUGGACAUCUUAGAAACCUGCUUUUGUUCGUAAAUGUUUAUGACUGGAUCGUCUUCUUUUGUUCGAGCAAUAUCUUAAACUCAAACGUUU